AUGGAUCUACAUAAGUUUUCAGAGGAUGCUCUUCCAGAUAAAAUUUGGGAGAUAGCUGAUACGACAAUGUGGCUGCACACUGGCACCCAUGACAGCAAUACAAGAAACAUAAUUGAGCAAUGUUUGGUUCAUGUCAUCGCUCUUGGGGUAACCUGCUCAAGAAAACAACCUAGAGAGAGGACACUAAUACAAGAUGCUGUCAAUGAGAUGCAUGCUAUCAGAGAUUCAUACCUCAAGUUUGCCAGACCUCUUGUGGUGGAACAUGGAGCAGGAACGAUUUUGCAGUAA